CAUCAAAAUACGCAUAAAACUAAAACUAAGGGGGAAGUAGAAGGUAGCGAUCAAAAGCCCCAUCCUCAAAAAAAAACUGGACGAGCACGUUCCGGUUCUCGUUAUAACCCCCAAAAUCGGGGAGGGGGAAUAGUUUUUGGACCAACGGGACAAAAAAAAUGCUCUUUAGACAUUAAUAAAAAAUUCAAAAAAAAUGUCCUUCAAUCACUUCUGGGGGAAAAAAUGAGAAAUAAAAAAAUAAUAAUCAUUGAUAAAAUAAUGCUUGCUAAUUAUAAAACCAAAGAGGCGGAAAAAUUUCUUGACUUUUUGCCAACUAAAAAAGCCACAACUUUAGUUGUGCUAGCCAACGAGGAAGAAAAUAAAGAAAAAAUAAUUUAUUCUUUUCGUAAUUUACCUUAUACCGAGGUAAGCGAUAGUAAAUCUGUUAACUUUUCACAAAUAUCAUCUCCUAAUUAUCUCGUUUUCACCCAUUCGGCUUUUUCGGAAGUAGAAAAAAGAUUGGGCUAA